AUGAUCUUAACAGAUAUCUGUACUGAGCUCGAUCCUAACGACGAGCCCAGUUAUCCAGAUGAUGAUGAUGACGAUGGUGAUGAUUAUUUCAUUCUUGCCAGCUCCGCGAUGGGUGAAGACACCGCACAUAAUAUAGGUCCUGCCUCUUCCCUUGCAUAUCUUGCGCGCCUUCUUCCUUCAUCUGAUUCUGAUGAACGUGUGGUAUUUGAUGAAACCGUUGACGAUAUUGUUGUUCAUCGCUUUGGAUUUGCACCUGACGGCCACUCUACCGAUCGACAAUACUCGUGUCCAGAAAAAGUAUGGAAUUCAAUGUUGUUGUUGAUAGGAUGUGGACGGCCUCCAAGACCUCCUAUCCGUGAUGAACGAACAGCCAGCCAGCUUUGCACAUUUCUGCACGAUUUGAUGAAAGCAGUUAAAUUACACCAAGCGCCUCGAGCGUUUGACUUGAUAAGCAUCCGACCAACAGCUUCAGAGAGCGAAGCUUUCUUUCUUGCAUUCACUAAUGCUGCAACAGUGAUGGAAAUUGCCCGCCGCAAAUGGGGCUCUGGAACUACUGAUAUUAUUCACCACUUGAUUCGACAUGGGUUCUCUUUCAAUACUGUUAAGAUCAUGUACACCGUGUAA